AUGGAAGCCUUGACAGCGAUUGGCUUGAUUGCCAAUAUCGUCCAGUUUGUCGACCUCGGCGCAAAGCUUAUCGGCUCUGCGAAGGAGAUGCGCGACUCUGCCAGCGGCAUGACGGUGGAGAACAAGAGCUUGGAGGAAGUUACCAUCGAGAUGCGCGAUCUCACGUCGAGGCUGGAUCCACCUACCACGAAAGCGAAAAGCGACGACGAAAAAGCCCUCCGUCGGUUAGCUCAAGAGUGUCGCGAGCUGUCAGACCAGAUCCUCCGCCUUCUGAAGAAGGUUGCCCCCAGCAAGCCGAAUUCAACCCUUCGUUAUAUGCGAUCUGCGUUCAAGAAUAUCAAGUACAAGGACGAAAUGAGAGAACUCGAGGAUAAGCUAGCAAAAUGCCGUGACCAGCUGCAUCUACAGUUCAGCAAAUUGACCAGUUUGGAAGUGCAAGGGCAACUUCACGCUCUUGCAACGCUUGCGCAUACGAACGAUGGUAUGCUGAGAACGAUGGAGCAGCAAAUGAAACGACUCCGUCAAGGUACAUGUGUUGCUUCACUGAGUGUCGAGGCCCAAGAUCAGAUCAAAACCCUUCUGGGACUGACCAGAUUGACUUUAGAAGGAAAAGCAGCACAUAAUAUUUUGAGUUCACUCGCCUUCGAUGAGAUGCGGACGAGGGCCGAAACCAUACAAGAGGAGCAUUGCGAUACGUUUCGAUGGAUUGUGGACCCAAAUGCCGAGGUGGAUGACACUACUCUGGCAAGCAACGCACGUGAGCUUUAUUUAUCAUGGCUUUCCAGAGGCCGUGGUAUAUUUCAUGUCGCUGGGAAGCUAGGAUCCGGGAAGUCCACACUCAUGAAAUUCCUGUUCGAUCAUCCUGAGACACAACAGCAACUGCUAAAGUGGGCAGGUGAAGCAAAACUUGUCGUGAUCAACCACUUCUUCUGGAAACCUGGAAAGCAGUCGUUACAGAAGUCGUUCAAUGGAAUGAUGCGAACUCUUCUUUUUGAUCUUUUGGAUGCCCAUCCAGAAUUGACCAAGAUCGCGUUCCCAGGUGCCUGGGCGCGCAUGACGGAAGAGGACAAGUUCUCGGAGUUCAGGAUCCCGAUGUCGCUACAAAUAACCCUCGAUGCCCUAUUAGCUCUCCUAAAUGACGAGGCUGUUCAGAGAUCUUAUCGGUUCUGUUUCUUCAUCGAUGCCUUGGACGAGUUUGAAGAUUCCCCCCAGCACGAUGAUAGGUAUAUGGUCGACGCACUUCGCUCUUGGGUCCAAACUUCACCGAACACCAUCAAGCUAUGCGUAUCCAGUCGAGAACAUAACGUGUUCGUGAACGCAUUCGCUGAUGGCCCAAGGAUCCGGUUGCAGGAACUGACUAGGCACGAUAUGGAAUGUUUCACCCGGUCAAAGCUCGGAUCUAUACCUGAAGCCGCCAUUCGGGAGCGCCUCACACACGACAUCGUCGACAGAUCGGACGGUAUAUUCCUUUGGGUUGUUCUCGUCAUCAAGCAGCUCCGCCAAGCUUUGGAAGAUGGUCGCGACACAUCGUCUUUCGAGGAGGAGUUGGCGACGCUCCCUACCGAGCUGGAAGAAUUAUUCGAGCAUCUCCUCAAAUCUAUACCAAAAUCGCAGCGAAAGAAAGCGUCUCAGAUCUUUUCUAUGGUACAGGAACACGAGACUCUGCCGAUCAAACUAUCGUUGCUAUCUUGCCUGCACUUGGAUACAUAUCAGGCGGAUCAGCAGGAGAAAUUCGCAACGAAGCGGCUCUCUGCAUUACCCAGCCUGAACAUGCAGGAUGAAUACGAACUACAUACAUGGUCAAAACAGCUCGGACACUACUACAAGGCUAUUGUAAAGGACUAG